AUAUUAGUAGCAGUUAAUAGGAACUGGAUUUAGAAAAUAGAAAGAAAAAAGUCACGAUGCAUAAUUUCCAACAGAAAAUUUAUGAUACAUUGGCAUAUACUGUAUGUCCAUUAUUUUAAUGAUGCAUUUUUCACUAUCCAGGAUUUGUUAUUUUCACUUUAUUCGUUCACUACGCAAAUUAGCAAACGGCAGGAACGCAACAACACCGACAUGCACACCAGUAUUUAAAUUCAUAUCACACUCCGCCAUACUGUACCUUAUGAACGGACGAGCGAAGGGCGUGAGCAGAGACGAGCUCACUGGCACGUUCCGCAAUGUCCAUCCACGGCUGGAAGUACAGCGGCAGCUUGACCUUUGUGUAGACAAGAGAAAUUCGACGUCAUUCUCACUCUAGGGUUUCUGAAGCAAACUGUAACUUCACUUGCCAACUGAAAACAGUUUGAUGCCCCAUUACACAGGUCCCAUUUUAUGGAUUCUGAUAUGGACUAUGAGAGGCCAAAUGUCGAGACCAUCAAGUGUGUGGUUGUCGGGGACAACGCAGUGGGAAAGACCCGGCUCAUCUGCGCCCGAGCUUGCAACGCCACCCUGACCCAGUACCAGCUCCUUGCCACACAUGUUCCCACUGUCUGGGCCAUAGACCAAUACAGAGUGUGCCAGGAGGUGUGUUUCUCCAACCAGGUUCUAGAGCGAUCUAGGGACGUGGUGGACGAUGUCAGCGUGUCCUUGCGACUCUGGGACACGUUCGGGGAUCAUCACAAGGACCGUCGUUUUGCUUACGGCCGGUCUGACGUGGUGGUGCUGUGUUUCUCAAUCGCGAACCCGAACUCGCUGCACCAUGUGAGGACCAUGUGGUACCCUGAAAUCAAACACUUCUGCCCCAGAGCUCCUGUCAUCCUUGUGGGCUGCCAGCUGGACCUGAGAUACGCCGACCUCGAGGCAGUGAACAGAGCACGGCGCCCUCUGGCCAGGCCCAUCAAAUCCAACGAGAUUUUGCCGCCAGAGAAGGGCCGUGAAGUAGCAAAAGAGCUCGGGGUCCCGUAUUACGAGACCAGUGUGGUCGCCCAGUUCGGUAUCAAGGACGUAUUCGACAACGCUAUCCGUGCCGCCCUGAUAUCACGCCGUCACCUGCAGUUCUGGAAGUCGCACUUGCGUAAUGUCCAGCGGCCUCUGCUCCAAGCCCCGUUCCUUCCUCCCAAACCUCCUCCACCCAUCAUCACAGUGCCACCUCCCCCUAGCAGCAUGGAAGAGCACCCAGGGCGUCUGUUGGAGGACCCUCUGUGCGCCGACGUCGUUCUCGUGCUCCAGGAGAGCCAAAGAAUCUUUGCUCACCGUGUCUACCUCGCCACAGCCUCAUCCAAAUUCUACGACCUUUUCCUGGUCGACCAUCGCACUCCUGAGGAGAAAAAAGAGAAAGAGCGCACCCGGGCGCCUCUCUCUGGCCGUGAGCUGCUGAUGCGAGCAGCCAGCUUUGAUGUUUGCGAGAGCAGCGAUGAAAGGGAGCGAGCAAACUUGCGCGCCUGUACCAGCGACGGGACGCUUAGAGGAGGCGACGGAGGACGUCUGCUCCCCGCGUUCAGCCGAGCCUUCCUCAGCGUGCAAGAGGAAAUUGUGGACGAUCCCUUGACUUUUCACUCCAGGCCAAUGACUGUGGUGCACAUGGACCCGUCCAUGCAGCUGGGACCGUUCCGGGCUGUUUUGCGCUAUCUCUAUACAGGGAAGCUGGAUGAGCAUGAGAAGGAACUGAUGCAGGUGGCUCACAUCGCUGAGCUGCUGGAGGUUUUUGAUCUCCGCAUGAUGGUGGCCAACAUCCUGAAUGAUGAAGCUUUCAUGAACCAGGAGAUCACCAAGGCCUUCCAUGUCAGGCGAACCAACCGGAUCAAGGAGUGCCUAGCUAAAGGAACCUUCUCUGAUGUGGUGUUCAAGCUGGAUGACGGUACUAUAAUGGCCCACAAGCCUUUGCUCAUUUCAAGCUGCGACUGGAUGGCAGCUAUGUUUGGAGGACCGUUCGUGGAGAGCUGUACUAAAGAGGUUCUGUUUCCAAACACAACCCGGAGCUGCAUGCGUGCUGUGCUGGAGUAUCUGUACACGGGACGGUUCUGUUCUAGGCCAGACCUGGACGCCAUGGAGCUCAUUGUUCUUGCAAACCGUCUCUGUCUGCCUCACCUGGUUGCACUGACAGAGCUGUACACUGUGACUGUGCUUAUGGAGGCUGCUAUGAUGGGGGCUGAUAUCGACGGAGAAGUACUGGUUUAUCUGGAAAUGGCUCAGUUCCAUGGUGCCCAGCAGUUAGCUGGAUGGUGCCUCCACCACAUCUGCACUAAUUACAACAGUGUCUGCCGCAAGUUCCCUCGCGACAUGAAGGCUAAAUCAGCAGAGAACCAGAAAUACUUCGAGAAGCAUCGCUGGCCUCCAGUGUGGUACCUCAAGGAAGACGAUCAUUACCAGCGAACACGCAAAGAACGGGAGAAAGAGGACUACCUGUACCAGAAACGGCAGUGUAAACGCAAAUGGCUCUUCUGGAAUCUUCCGUCCUCGCCCUCGUCCAACUCUCCGUCCUCUCCCGGGUCCUCCACCGUCAUGUGAUCAGUCAAGGGUGGAGGACGGAUCGAACUGAUGUUAAACGGAAAUGCACACAUCAGCAGCGACAGCCAUUUUAGCGAAAAAGAUAAACAGGCGAGAUCAACUACUAAGCAGGAUUCAAAACAUUUAAAAAAAAAAAAAAAAACAAGAGCGAGAGCCAGAGACUGUACACCUUUUUUUUUGUUUGGGUAUUUUUUUUGACUCACUCUGGGAUAAGACCCAGCAGAUAAAAAAAAAAUUCUCAGUGUGAAAAAAUCAAACGUCAAUGUUCAUCAAAAUACUUUUCUGCUGCGAAACCAUUUGAAAACAACCCAGUAACAUGGCAUAUCUUGUUUUUACAGUAGGAUUAAGAGUGGGAUUUUUUUCCUCUUCACACUCCCUCUACCGGAUAAAUCACCAGUUCCACGGUGAUGUGCUGCAUGGACGAACACUGGGACGAACUUUUCCCAGUGGUACAACCGAGCGGUCUGGGAUAAAACGGCGUAUUGGCUCGUCCUGCUCUCGCGGAAGGUUAAAAGUACCCAAAUGGCCCUGAUGUGACUUUAUCAGUGAACUGUUUCUCAUUUUCACUGGGGUCUAUUUUUUUUUUUUUUACGAUAAUCAUUUAGAAAAGGGCUCAAAUUUUUCCUCCUCUUGCUUGGACUCUCUCUCUCUCUGUCUCUCUCUCUGUCUCUCUCUCACUCUCACUCUGUCGCCGAUUGGAGGUUGAUGACAAUAAUAGCCUUGCGCGCAACACACCCGUUAUUCAGAACGCUAAUGGAAAUAGAAAAAAAGAAUACUCUGAAUACUCGCUACUGUUCGUAAUCUCAAAACUCAAGACCUCAAAGAUUCAGACUUAUGGUUGUCUCGACACAAAAUGUUGGCACUCAGUAGAGUCUUAACCUCAACUCACGAAUGCUUUACUUUAAGAAUGACCCUCUUUCUUGAGAGAUGUCCCUCUGCACAAGUUUAGUCCCUACUAUACGGCAUCAGAUCCUAACAUUUGGAUGCUCCUGAGAACCACUACGUUACAGUGUCCAGCUAUCGUACGAACUAAACUCUGCAGGGUGGAAGAUCUCUAUCGCUUUCUAUUUCCUGAAUAUUGCACGUCACAAUCGCUCUCUGAUAGAUAACUUAAGAUAUUCCAAUCUAUUUACACAGUAGGCUCAUGGGCAGGCCCAUGACUAGGCCUUUUUUUAAUAUAUAUAUAUAUUAGAAUGUAUUUGCAAACAGUGUUCCUGUCUAUUGUAGAGAGCACAUAAUGUUAACGUCUCGGUCGUUUAAAGUACGAAUUAAAGUAUUAGAGCUUUGACGUAACUGUAGAGUGUAGAAUAAUAAUAAAUGAUUCAAGCAACAACAACAAAAAAAACAAAACAAAAACGCAUCAUCCUCGUACGAAGUAGCGCUAAACACCGAGGAGUUUACACACGGAAUGCGAAAUGCCACUAAGAUAAAGCAAGCUUUUAAAUAGAGCGCCGUUUACAUCGCUUCAUACGAACCCGCACGAGACGGAGACUCCGCAACGCACGAUGCAUAUUAAUUACUUUCCAAUCUCUGUUCAAACAAAUAGUUAUUACUUAUUUACUCAAUCAGCUUUUUCCCCCAGAAACUACUAAAAAUCUCCGCAAGUGUGAAUGUGAAAAGAUGGCUAUAUAAUUCAGUCCCUCCAAAGCUCGCAAGUUUUCAAAAUCAAUGCAGGUGUUCCACAGAUGUAGCCCAAGAGGUAUUGUGUCGUGUCAUGAGUGCAGCUGUAACAGAUACUUAUUACAUGUGUCUCCACCGGUUGGAGUUUAAAUGAACAAUCCUGUCUUUGCCAUUUCACCAAUACAGUUAGCAAAAAAAUGGGGAAAAAAAGCACAAAAAACUCCAGUUGCGUUUCAGAUUUUGAAAGGAAAAAAAAAAAAAGCCCCAGCAACAUCAAGUGGUUUUUGGCAGCAAGAGUCACAAAAAUCAGUGAAAUCCUAGAGGGACUGGUAUAUACAGUAGUAUAUAAUAAUAAAGUGGCCUUUGCAGUGUCUUUAA